GUGUAUGUGAAGGAUUUCUAUGCGAAGUUGAAGGAAGUCGCAAAGCACACAUCUCCCAGCAACAGGACAGCCUGGGACGCCGAUGAGGUGGCAGAACUGGCAAGGCUUCUCGACGACGAGGUCCGCAGAGUCAGCACCCUGUUGGACUGGGAAAAGGGAUCUGAGCAGCUGCAGGCUGACGACGAAGACAGAGCCGAAGAAGAGGAAGAUGAUGAUGACGAAGAUGAGCCCGACGGCACCGUUCUAAGUGAGGUUGCGACGAUCAAUUCUCACGAUUGUUGGCCACUCCAUCAACUUGAAUCGCUGCAGGUGAGUGGUCGGUGGGAUCCGAGAACCACGCGACAGGGCAGUGCAGGAUUGCCCAAGUUGGCUUGGAUCAUCUCGGAUCACGAGUUGAGUGCGAGGACAAAACAAAUCAACAAAACACGGCAGGAGGAACGGGGGAGAAACAAAGAGGAACGGGGAGGAACAGCGAGGAAGGAGAAGGAAUGA